AUGGUUAGAGCCUACUCUCAAGAACACACCUACAAGCACCCAUGGGAUCGCGUGACUUCCGCCUCGUGGCGAAAAUUCGCUGACCCGGAGAACAAACGUACCCUCUCCCACAUCCUCGAAGUCGACACCUUAAACCAUAGGCUUGAGCCGAGUUCCGGAAAACUCUACACGACUCGUGCCAUCACCAUCCAUGCCCCGGGCCCGUGGUUUGUCCGCAAGAUCAUUGGCCAGGAGAUGUGCCACUGUGUGGAGUCCACAGUGGUCGAUGCCAAAUUGCGGUCCAUGCAGCUCGCCACACGCAAUAUCAGCCUCCAGAAAUUCAUUGAGGUUGAGGAGAAGAUUAGGUACGACCCGCACCCGGAUAACCCGAAAGAAUGGACACUGUGCAGGCAGGAAACGAGCAUAAGGAUCAAGCCUCUCUCGGCACUUGCUUCCAUGGCCGAGAAAAUCGAACAGAAAUGUGUAGAGAAGUUUCAGCAUAACAGCGUCAAGGGGAGGGAGGUUAUGGAGAGAAUGUGCAAGUACCUCGAAGCUGAGUCUAGGGGAAUUUCUGUCUGA